AAUGAAACAACCCCAUGGCUGCAGCAUACAGGAUGGCCUCGCUUAUUUCAUGGCCGAGAGCUUGGCAUCAUUGCGGCCACGGCAAAAAAGCCCAAACCAGCAUGGAACGAAGACUAUUUAUUGGGCCAAUGGCGCGAUACAGCACUCCGGAGUCCAGCUGCUGUAGAUGCCCAGCUACGAGUUAUACUCCGUGGUGUCGACCUCAUGGUUGAUCGAGCUAUGCUCACGUUGGCCAAGGCUUCUUACAGA